AUGCAAUUCCGCUCGCCUACAGCCGCCAGGAGCUCCCUGGCGCCUCAGGCAGCGUCCUCCUCCGAAGCAGCUGCGCCUGCCCCUGGGCAGCCUGGACCUUCGUGCCCUGCCCCCGGGGCCUCGCGCAGGGGGCUCCCCGGGACACCCCUUGUGGGCCGGGUGGAGGAGGAAGAGGAGGAGGAAGAAGACGUGGACCGGGACCCGUACCCUACGCGGAACACCUGGCUGCGCUGCUGCCACUUCUCUUUAAGGGGAAGAAGAGAGCCGGGGAGAGCCAUGGGGGGCAGCGAAGUCCGGGAAUUUCUUUUGCAAUUUGGUUUCUUCUUGCCUCUGCUGACAGCUUGGCCGGGCGACUGCAGUCACGUCUCCAACAACCAAGUUGUGUUGCUUGAUACAACAACUGUGCUGGGAGAGCUAGGAUGGAAAACAUAUCCAUUAAAUGGGUGGGAUGCCAUCACUGAAAUGGAUGAACACAAUAGGCCCAUUCACACAUACCAGGUAUGUAAUGUGAUGGAACCAAACCAAAACAACUGGCUUCGUACAAACUGGAUCUCCCGUGAUGCAGCUCAGAAAAUUUAUGUGGAAAUGAAGUUCACACUGAGGGAUUGUAACAGCAUCCCAUGGGUCUUGGGGACUUGCAAAGAAACAUUUAAUCUAUAUUAUGUGGAAUCAGAUGAGUCUCAUGGAAUUAAAUUCAAGCCAAGCCAGUAUACAAAGAUUGACACAAUUGCUGCUGAUGAAAGUUUUACCCAGAUGGAUUUGGGUGAUCGCAUCCUCAAACUCAACACUGAAAUUCGUGAGGUGGGGCCUAUAGAAAGGAAGGGAUUUUAUCUGGCUUUUCAAGACAUCGGGGCAUGCAUUGCCCUAGUUUCGGUCCGUGUUUUCUACAAAAAGUGCCCCUUUACUGUUCGUAAUCUGGCCAUGUUUCCAGACACUAUCCCAAGGGUUGAUUCUUCCUCCUUGGUUGAAGUAAGGGGCUCUUGUGUGAAGAGUGCAGAAGAACGUGACACUCCUAAACUGUAUUGUGGAGCUGAUGGAGAUUGGCUGGUUCCUCUUGGAAGGUGUAUCUGCAGUACAGGAUAUGAAGAAAUUGAAGGUUCUUGCCACGCUUGCAGACCAGGAUUCUAUAAAGCAUUUGCUGGCAACACAAAGUGUUCUAAAUGUCCUCCACACAGUUUAACCUACAUGGAAGCAACUUCUGUCUGUCAGUGUGAAAAGGGUUACUUUCGAGCUGAAAAAGACCCACCUUCCAUGGCAUGUACCAGGCCACCUUCAGCUCCUAGGAAUGUGGUUUUUAACAUCAAUGAAACGGCCCUUAUUUUGGAAUGGAGCCCACCAAGUGACACAGGAGGGAGAAAAGAUCUCACAUACAGUGUAAUCUGUAAGAAAUGUGGCUUAGACACCAGCCAGUGUGAGGACUGUGGUGGAGGACUCCGCUUCAUCCCAAGACAUACUGGCCUGAUCAACAAUUCCGUGAUAGUACUUGACUUUGUGCCUCACGUGAAUUACACCUUUGAAAUAGAAGCCAUGAAUGGAGUUUCUGAGUUGAGUUUUUCUCCCAAGCCAUUCACAGCUAUUACAGUGACCACGAAUCAAGAUGCACCUUCCCUGAUAGGUAUGGUAAGGAAGGACUGGGCAUCCCAAAAUAGCAUUGCCAUAUCAUGGCAAGCACCUGCUUUUUCCAAUGGACCCAUACUGGACUACGAGAUCAAGUACUAUGAGAAAGUCUACCCACGGAUAGCGCCGGCAUUUUGGCACUACCUGCGGGUAGAAGAGCACGAGCCGCAGCUCUCCUAUUCCUCCACGAGGUCCAAGGCCCCCAGUGCCAUCAUCACAGGUCUCAAGCCAGCCACUAAGUACAUUUUUCAUAUCCGAGUGAGGACUGCAACAGGGUACAGUGGAUACAGUCAGAAGUUUGAGUUUGAAACAGGAGAUGAAACUUCUGACAUGGCAGCAGAACAAGGGCAGAUUCUCGUGAUAGCCACCGCGGCCGUGGGAGGAUUCACUCUCCUCGUCAUUCUUACUUUGUUCUUCUUAAUCACUGGCAGGUGUCAAUGGUAUAUAAAGGCCAAAAUGAAGUCAGAAGAGAAGAGAAGAAAGGACUUACAGAAUGGGCAUUUACACUUCCCAGGAAUUAAAACUUACAUAGAUCCAGAUACAUAUGAAGACCCAUCCCUAGCAGUCCAUGAAUUUGCAAAGGAGAUCGAUCCCUCAAGAAUACGCAUUGAGAGAGUCAUUGGGGCAGGUGAAUUUGGAGAAGUCUGUAGUGGGCGUUUGAAAACACCAGGGAAAAGAGAGAUUCCAGUUGCCAUCAAAACUUUGAAAGGUGGCCACAUGGAUCGGCAAAGAAGAGAUUUUUUAAGAGAAGCAAGUAUCAUGGGUCAGUUUGACCACCCAAAUAUCAUUCGCUUAGAAGGUGUUGUCACAAAAAGAUCCUUCCCGGCCAUUGGGGUGGAAACGUUUUGCCCCAGCUUCCUGAGGGCAGGGUUUUUAAAUAGCCUCCAGGCCCCGCAUCCAGUGCCAGGGAGAGGAUCUUUGCCCCCCAGGAUUCCUGCUGGCAGACCAGUAAUGAUUGUGGUGGAAUAUAUGGAGAAUGGAUCCCUAGACUCCUUUCUACGGAAACAUGAUGGCCACUUCACAGUCAUCCAGUUGGUUGGUAUGCUCCGAGGCAUUGCAUCAGGAAUGAAGUACCUUUCUGAUAUGGGUUAUGUUCACCGAGAUCUAGCAGCUAGGAAUAUAUUGGUCAACAGCAACUUAGUAUGCAAAGUUUCUGAUUUUGGUCUCUCCCGAGUGCUGGAAGAUGAUCCAGAAGCUGCUUAUACAACAACUGGUGGGAAGAUACCCAUAAGGUGGACAGCCCCAGAAGCUAUUGCCUACAGAAAAUUCUCCUCGGCAAGUGAUGCAUGGAGCUACGGCAUUGUCAUGUGGGAGGUCAUGUCCUACGGAGAGAGACCUUACUGGGAAAUGUCUAACCAAGACGUCAUUCUGUCCAUUGAAGAAGGUUACAGACUUCCGGCUCCCAUGGGCUGUCCAGCAUCUCUACACCAGCUGAUGCUCCAUUGCUGGCAGAAGGAGAGAAAUCACAGACCAAAAUUUACUGACAUUGUCAGCUUCCUUGACAAGCUGAUCCGCAAUCCCAGUGCCCUUCACACCCUGGUAGAGGACAUCCUUGUGGUCAACGGACUCCACAGCCAGUGCCCGUCAACAGAGCUCUCUGACUGUUCUAUGGCUGUAGACGCAGGCAGAAUGCCAGACUCCCCUGGUGAAGUUCCCGAAUAUCCUUUGUUUGUGACAGUUGGUGACUGGCUGGAUUCUAUAAAGAUGGGGCAAUAUAAGAAUAACUUCGUGGCAGCAGGGUUUACAACUUUUGACCUCAUUUCAAGAAUGAGCAUUGAUGAUAUUAGAAGAAUUGGAGUCAUACUCAUUGGACACCAGAGACGAAUAGUCAGCAGUAUACAGACUUUACGUUUACACAUGAUGCACAUACAGGAGAAGGGAUUUCAUGUAUGA